UUCUCAUUUCACAGUGAGUUGCCCACAAGCGAACUCUCAACCUGUGAAGGAAAAAAACAAACAGCUUCAAAUCAUAUUAAAUCAUUGCCAUUUAAACUGAAGACCCUCUCGGGCGACAACAACCACAACAAUACCAAAAGAAAAAUUGUGAAAUAUAUUUUAAUAAACCAACCAUUUAGUAGUGGCAUAAUAAGUUGUUUGUUGUGAAAUGUUUAUGACGACAAAGUUGUGGGAGAGAGAGUAGUGUUGGUGCAAAUCUUGAUUGGUUUUGCUUGUUCGUCGAUGACUCUGCUUGUGUACUACGUGUGAAAUUUUUUUUCGGUUUGUGAAAGGAAAGAAAACGAGAUAGUAAUUGCAAUUGAAUACAAGAAAUAGCAAACAAUAAAUAUGGAAAAUUUGGAAGACGAUGCUCAGGAACUGACAACUGCAGCGCCAGCAGUUGUUGCAGCAGCAACAACAACAACCACACUAACACCACAAUCCUCUGUAAACAAUCAAGCAAUAACUUCAACGGAAUCCAUUAUCUAUCAUUUGCAACAGCAACAACAGCAGCAGCAGCAACAGCAACAACAAGAUAUCCAAACUGACGAUUUGGAUGAAUCGGUUGUUGUGAUUGAGCCACACAUCGAUGUUGUGGAUUUAACUGAGGCACCCACAACCAGUGCAGGCACUGGGGGUAGUACUGCUAUAGCCCUAUUAAAACCUAAAAUUGAAAAUCCUUCAUGUUCCAAGGAUGCCACCACCAACCUCUCCACCUCUUCGACAAAUGAAAAUCCUUCAACUUCAGGCUUAACGUCAUCAUCAGCGGAUGCAGCGGCAGCAAUGUCAGCUGCAAUUGGCAUUGCCAUGGGGGCCAACAGCAACACAGCAACCACCAAUCAAUUGGAAUGUCCUAUUUGCCUUCAGACCUGCAUACAUCCGGCUCGUUUACCUUGUGGUCAUAUAUUCUGUUUCUUGUGUGUCAAAGGUGUUGCGUACAAAAAUCGCCGUUGUGCCAUGUGUCGGCGAGAGAUACCACCAGAAUUUCUGGACCAUCCACAACUUGUCAAUGGCAUUGAAGAUAUAUGCAGUACCAAAGCCACCGAUGAUGGCUAUCAGUGGUUCUAUGAAGGACGCAAUGGUUGGUGGCAAUAUGAUGACCGCACUAGCCAGGAUCUCGAGGAGGCAUUUAAAAAGGGAGAACGUUCCUGUACCAUUCUGGUGGCUGGCUAUGUUUACAUUGUCGACUUUGAUGCCAUGAUCCAGCAGCGACAAAAUGAACCGGCCCGUUGCCGUCGUGUCAAACGUGAUUUGGCCACAAUACCCAAAAAAGGUGUAGCUGGUCUACGCAUUGAGGGUAAUACGGUAACAACAGAUUCUAAUUUUGCCCAGCAGGUCUAUCGCCAGAGUCGAUACCACAACGAUGAUCUGGAUCUCCAUGAAAACGCUUUAAUGGGUGCCCACAGUAUGGAUCCCAACAAUACACAGGGACCGCUACGCCUAACCUAUGGUCUCGGUGGCUAUGUUAUUAAUCCCAGUGAAUUGGUAUCCACGGCAGCUGCUACCGAUGCUGCCUUACGGAUAGCUAGUGAUAUUAUAGGUUCGACACUGGCACAUGCCGACGAGCUGACACGUUCCAAUUCGACACCAUCUUCCAGUUAUUUGCAGCAGCAGCAGCAACAACAUCAAUCCACAGCCAACAACAGUUUUAAUCCAACUACGGGUGAGCUUAAUUUAAAUGACUUAGCCUUAAUGACAACUAGCAGUAGCAGCAGUGUAAACAAUCCGCAAUCACGAGGUGGUAGUCUCAGCACUGCGUCGCCAACGGCACUGCCUCGAGAGCGUGGCAGCAGGGAAUUGCUGGGCGCUGCCGAAGAUCUGCUGGGGGCGACACAAAGGAUUAUUGCCACAGCCGAUCAGCCAACAAUAGAUUUAUUUGAACAGACCCUUAACGAUUUCCAUGCAUUGACUUUGCGCAACAUUGUGGACUCGAGUGACGAUGAUGAUGGUUUGCAACUGCAGCCGCCGCAGCCACAGCGCUAUCACUCACAACGUCCGCCCUUGACACCACCACCCAGAACACCGCCAGCAAAUCAUGUCUCCUCUUCAAUUUCUUCUAACAAUGGCCAAAGAUCAAUGCCCUCGUCCACGUCCAUGUCCACGUCGGGGUCGACGUCAUCCUCCACCACCACCACCUCGUAUUCAUCAAAUCUGCAACAUCAACAAUCCAACAAUCAUAACGAUAAUCAGCCAUAAAACUAACUCUCAAAAAAAUAGAAAUAGAAACUUAUGAUACCACAACAACAACAGCAACAACUUAACCUAGAAACUUCAAGUAUUCCUUACCAACAACAACUAAAUAACAAAAAAACAAACAAUAUUAUUUAAAUAAUAACAAAUCGUAAUAGACAAGUAAACACACAUACAUACACACAAAAAAAGAAAGAAAGAAAUAAACAUAAAUGAAGACUAGACGUUCCUUAACUUACUAACAAAAUACCAUAACAAAACAGGAUACAAAAAUACAAAAACAAAUUCUCUAUAUACAUCAGUUAUUAUUACAUUAUAUACAUAUAUAUAUACAUAAAUUAACCAGACUUACCAUAUACAUAUACAAAAAAAAAAAAACAACAACAAACGAUAACUAACGAUUAGAAAUCAAAUCAUCAAAUCCGCAGCAUCAAAUGUUAUAGUAUUACAAUAACAAAAAAAAUACGAAAACCGAAAACAAAAACAAAACAUAUAUGCCUAUGUCACCACUUCUAAUUCUAAUAUCCCGCUCAACAGCAUUCAUUCAUUAGCCGGCUCUUUAAACUCCAAGUUUUCUUAAAUUCUAAAACAUUAACAAUUUUCUUUUUUUUUAUUCUAAGAAGAAUUAAGCCAAUUAAUUAUUAACCACAACAAAUAAUUGACAUUUAUUCAUUAUGUGUAAAAAACCAUAACAAUUGUAUUUAUUAUUAAUCUAUUUUUUAUUGCUAAUUUUAUGCUCAAUUUAUGUAAAUAUUUGGCCUGUUUCUGUGUGACGAUGACGAUUUGUACGUUUUUUUUUCAAAUAUCUGAUAUUACCCUUAGCCAUAUGACUAGAGGGGGUAUAUAUAUAUCAUUUGAUAGGUCUCUUUGGACCAAAUCCCUUUCAUGACAUUUGGAGUUGAUCUUGCGAUGUCCGCCUUGCUGUCUGUCUGGCUGGUUCGCACGAUAACUCUCUAAGGGAGUAUCCGAUGUGAUUCAAACUUGGUACAUCGUAAUAUUAUUGUCAAACUUAGAUCGAGUUCGGAGAUGGGCAAUAUCGGUCCACUCCUUCUGGUACCUCACACACAAAAUGGCCAAAUUUUCAAAGAAAAUAAUUUAUUGCAAAGAAAGAUAAAGAAUAAUCCGAUUAUGCUCCAACUUUGCGAAUACUAAUAUUUGCAUCAGUGCUAUGUCAGGUGCGAAAAUGGAUAAGACCGGCCUACUCCAUCAAGUACCUUCCCCACAAAGGGUAAACAUUUUGAAUAUUAUAGCUCGUAUGAAGCGUGAUGUAAGUGUACGAUUGUUUGCAAAUUACACGCAUCAAGAUAUUUUUAUUAACCCAAGGUCUGGUGUGAAGUUGGAAUAUAUCGGUCCACUUCUUCUUGUACCUCCCCCACAAAGGAUCAAAAUUUUGAAUAUUCAUGAAGCUCAUAAAACACGAAAUUAUCCGAAAAAUCCGAUUCCAUUCAAACUUUGAACAUCUCAAUAUUUUUAUCAACACAAGAUCUGUUAUAAAGAUGGAAGAGAUGGGACCAUUUCUUCUGGUACCUUCCCCACAUAGGGUUCAAGAUUUUGAAAAACAAAAUGCUCAAAAAGGAUCGAAACGAAAUAAGCAUUCAACUCUCUUCAAAUUUUUUACAUGCAAACAUUUUUGCUAAUACAAGAUCUGUUCUGAAGGGUAUAUAUAACUGCGAACCCCUUUUGAUGCUUCAUCCACAAAGGGUCACAAUUUCCAAGACUGUCAAUUCUGCAAAUCUUUACAACUUGCUAUAUAUA